ACCUUCAUGGACAUGAGUCUUGCAGGAUAUCCUCACCGGGAUGGAUGCCAUGCGUCAGACAGGAAUAUUCUGGGGCACAAAGGUCUAUUCCACAAUUAGCUCUGACAAAUUGGAAGUAAGGGGUACAGUAUUAUUUCAUCAUUCUGGUCUUACCGGAAGUAAAGUCGUGAGAAUGUCUUUUUUGCGCGGACAUUAUCCACCUAAUCUCAUAUUCACGCGGCGUGUGAAGGCUUCUAGUGACCGAAUCACUGACUCGGUCAAUGGGGUAUUGCCUGUUCAUCCAUACCUCCCGUGGAGCAGGAAUGAACGUGCAUUGCCAUCGCCCGGCUAUAGGCCUCGUGCCCUGCAGGGCGAUUGGAAAACACCUGUGGGAUGCUCAGAAUGCAAACCUCCUUUACGGCCUCUUAUCCUCCCCCAGAAUUCUUCGAUCCCGCAGCUGCCGAGAUCCGCAUCAGUAUCUCAAAGCACUCUCCGUGCUCCGUUUUCGUCUUAUGAAUCGUUGCUUUCCGGGGGAUGUCUCAACUUUAGAUGGGCACAGCGUAGGCUUGGCCAGCCGGGAUGGCUUGUAUUGCGCUAUUUCCAAUGCGUACAGUCGCCCUCGUCUGACGUGACUUCCCCACCUUCAUGAAAUGUCAAGAAUCCAGCCUCUCACCAUGCAAUCAUCGCGAAGCUGCGUCAUUUUCCU